AUUCAUCUGUUUCAGACCAAGAUAGCAACGCCUCAGUCAGCGACGCAACAUGCGUCAGCUACAACUAAUCGCCCUGCAGCCUCGUCAUUCGCACAUUUUCUCUUUACUUUUUUGACUUCCAAGAACUUUGAUACCCAACUUUGUAUAGCUCAUAAUAAUCGUAGUCGCUAAUCGUUACUUUCGCCAUACUUCGCAGCCGGUCUCGAAACACCACGAUUUUUCUAUCUUCAGCCCUACUAGAAGCAGAACCGAGAAUCCCACUACCAGGAGCCUGAUUUCCUACGCGUCCACGUAAUCGCACUUUCACGAUGAGCGCAAAACACAACCUCCACGUCGCGCACCAUCUUCCAAGCCACAUCUCCCCCGCCUCGGUCGUCGCCGCGCUCCAUGACCACGACACAACCCUCACACUCCAAGCCCUUAGCUGUGGCUACGAGACAGUACCCAACACCGCUGAAGCGACCCUCAAAGAUACAUACUGGUAUCCGCCCGACCAAUACCCCGUCGCAACCUACCACGUCAGCGAGUGCAUAACCUGGUUCCCAGGCAUCGGGCAGUAUGGGAAGAAGUAUAUAACCUUCCCAGUCUGUUACCAGAACACAAGGCAGGGCAUUAAGACGCGCGCUGACGCGGCGGCGGGCGUGAUACUCAGGGCCGAAUAUAGGGUGGUUGCGAAUGGCGAGUUGGGCAGCGAGGUUGAAGGCGAGGGCAUGGGCGUCGGGGACGCGCAGUUCGUGCUUGUAGAGGAUGUGGAAGUCAGCUGUGCAUGGUGGCUUAUGCCAUUUGUCAAAGGCAAGAUGGAAGAAGGGCAUCGAAACCUUUGUAAGAUGGUCAUUGAAAAGGUAGAGAAGAUGGUAAGCUCGGGGUGGGAGGGCCAUGAUCCAGUGGCAUUUGGUCUUCACGGUGUCGCGAGCCGGCACGACAGCAGGAUAGAGGGUAUGGACGAUGUCAACACAGGGUUUGCGCAGGAGACCAGGGAACACUACGCGAAGCCACAACCCGUGGUGUUUGGACAGACACAUCAAGAUGUGCCACGAUAUGCGGACGCGGAUGCGAUGGAGGAGCAGCGGCCGCGCACGCCCGCCGGGCCAUUACCGGAGAAGAUCAUAUACGGAUGAUACUUGCUCGCAGGCUACAGCGCUUGGAGUAGCAAUGAACGCCUCUAGCAAAUUCGAGAUGCAAGCGUUGCCAUCACUCUGUUGAGAGUGAAAUCAAGCCGUAACACUAGGAGUGGCCGCGAUUUGUGUCGUAUUCUACAAAAAGGUUAUUGAGGUAGAAGUAUACAUCACCUUAGAGCCUGCCUAGU